AUGGAGGAACUUGGUUUGGAAACAUCGAGUAUAGUAGACAACGUGUUAGAAGAACUGUUUGAGUUAUCUCUUAGAAUGUUUGAUACAAGAUUACCACCUAGAGUAACCGUUCUCUCGCCCUUUGCUGAAGAUUCUUCACCGACUAAAGUUGGAGUAGAGAUCAAGAACAAGGGAAUCACUGUAGAUGUGAAGGCCAACUCAGCCUCAAAUGUCAUUACUACAAUUACCGCUGAUGAGUAUGCGGCGCCAGGGCUGAAGACCAUCUUCAGCUUUGUUGUUCCUGAUCAGAAAUCUGGAAAGGUCGAGCUCCAGUACUUGCAUGAUUACGCUGGUAUUAAUGCAAGCAUUUGUUUGACUGCUAAUCCUGUUGUCAACCUCUCUGCUGCAUUUGGAAAUAGCGCUCUAGCUGUUGGUGCUGAUGUCUCACUUGAUACUGCCACCAAGAAUCUGACCAAAUACAAUGCUGGGCUUAGCUACACCAAUAAAGAUCUUAUUGCAUCCCUGAACUUGUGA